UUUUUUCCAGAGAAUUGGAAGAAGAUCAACACUGACCCAGUCUGCUUUGGAGCAAAAGAUGACUCAUACGGAACCUUUAACAUCACGGAGAGUGGGGUCAUUUAUACGUUUAAACUUGUUCAUCUGAGCGGCUCAGUUAGCUGUAACCCUGAAUACCCAUCUUCUUUCUGGGGAUGUGAACAUCCGAAUUUUGGGGAGGAGACAUUACUUACUAUCAUAACGUUUCAGAACAGGUCUGUUCUUUUGCUCGCAGAUUACAUAAAAAGCCAGGGCAAAGGCGGCGGCUGUACAUAUUAUUCUUACAAGAUAGACGGCGUAGCUGUUAACGAAACCGAGCUUCGGUUUAACAUCCUUCCCUCUCCAAUAUCCGUCUCCGUUGGUCAAGAGUUCCAACUUUGGUAUGGGGCAGACUUAAAGGACUGUUACGAAUUCGAUAACAGCGGUCAGACAUGUGCUGACGUUUAUGCGUGGUAUGCGUAA